CCCCAGCCCGAGGCCAAGGCGAUGUAAACAAACCCGGCGUGGACAACACAACGGCGCACACUGCCACGCUUUCCCUCCCUCCGUGUCACCCGCAGCCGCCACGCCCGUGUUAGCCUCGCAGGACAGCACCAGGGCCAGCAGGGUCUCUCCUUCACCAACAUAACACAACACAGAGCAGCACUAUGUCCGCCGCCAGCCGUCCCAGGGUGCAGGUGCUCAAUUUGCCCGAGGAGGAGAGUGACGAGCUCAAGAUUACGCCGCUGGGGUCAGGUCAGGAGGUGGGGAGGUCAUGCCACUUCCUGGAGUUCAAGGGGAAGAAAGUCCUGCUGGACUUUGGCAUCCACCCGGCACUGACAGGCAUGAGUGCGCUACCGUUCUCUGACUUCAUCGACCCGGAGCAGAUCGACCUCAUGCUGGUGUCUCACUUCCACCUGGACCACGCGGGGGGCCUGCCGUGGUUCCUGAUGCGCACCAAGUUCAAGGGGCGCUGCUACAUGACGCAUCCCACCAAGGCGAUUUACAAGUGGCUGCUGUCGGAUUAUAUUAAAGUCAGCAACAUCGCCACGGAGCACAUGCUGUACUCCGAGCACGACCUGGAGCUGUCACUGAACAAGAUCAACGUCAUCAACUUCCACGAGGAGAAGGAGGUCCAGGGCAUCAAGUUCUGGUGCUACCACGCGGGGCACGUCCUGGGCGCUGCCAUGUUCAUGAUACAGAUAGCAGGUGUCAAGAUCCUGUACACUGGGGACUUCUCGCGGCAGGAGGACCGUCACCUGAUGAUGGCGGAGAUCCCCCAGAUAAGGCCGGACGUGCUCAUGAUCGAGUCCACGUACGGCGUCAGCAUCCACGAGCCAAGGGAAAGCCGGGAGAGCCGCUUCACCUCCACCGUGCACACCAUCGUCACGCGCGGCGGGCGGUGCCUCAUACCCGUCUUCGCCCUUGGACGUGCCCAGGAGCUGCUGCUGAUCCUGGACGAGUACUGGCAGCUGCACCCUGAGCUCCACGAGGUGCCCAUCUACUAUGCCUCCGCCCUGGCCAAGAAGUGUAUGAGUGUGUACCAAACCUACACGCACGCCAUGAACGAGCGCAUCCAGCGGCAGAUAUCCAUCAGUAACCCGUUCCAGUUCAAGCACAUCUCAAACCUCAAGGGCAUGGACCAAUUUGAGGACAUAGGGCCGUGUGUCAUCAUGGCCUCGCCGGGCAUGAUGCAGAGCGGCCUGUCCCGGGAGCUGUUUGAGAUAUGGUGCCCAGACCCUAAGAAUGGCGUCAUCAUUGCUGGUUACUGUGUGGAGGGCACGCUGGCCAAGGAGAUCCUGAAGGAGCCUGAGGAGGUCACCACCAUGUCGGGUCAGCGCCUGCCCAUGAAGUGUUCCGUGGAGUACAUCUCUUUCUCAGCACACACAGACUUUGAGCAGACCACGCACUUCAUCCGCACCAUUCACCCGCCCAAUGUGGUCCUGGUCCACGGUGAGAUGACGGAAAUGUCUCGGCUCAAGUCAGCGCUGGAGCGAGAGUAUGAGACAGCGGAGAGCCCCAUCAAGGUGUUCAACCCCAAGAACCUGGAGACUGUCACCUUCCACUUCAGGGGGGAGAAGAUGGCCAAGGUGAUGGGUGAGCUUGCCACGCUCCGCCCCAAGGAGAACGACAUCGUCUCCGGCAUCCUCGUCAAGCGCAACUUCAACUGCCACAUCAUCUCACCGAAGGACCUGGGAAAGUACAGCGAGCUCUCCGUGUCCAGCAUCAGCCAGCGGUCCAGCCUGCACUACACCGGGUCCUGGCCGCUGCUGCACUACCUCCUCACCUCCAUGUACGGCACCGUGGAGGUGCUCGUCACCGACGCUGGGGAGAACCAGGCCCUGAAGGUGUUUGAUGCUGUCACCAUCAUCCACGAGCCCCCGGUGGUGGUGCUGGAGUGGGUUGCCAGCCCCGCCAGUGACAUGUACGCCGACGCAGUGAUGAAGGUGGUGCUGAAGGCGCAGCAGCUGGAGGCCAAGGACGUCACACCUCCCGCCCUCAGCAGCGCCGCCUUUGACCGCAUGCACUUCAAGGAGUGCCUCAUCGAGCUGUUCCAGGAGAUGUUUGGAGAGGACUCGGUGCCCAAGAUCUUCAAGGGCGAGAAGCUGUACGUGGCCGUCAACAGCGUCAGGGCCUACGUGGACCUUGUCGGCCUGAAGGUGACAUCCGAGAACGAGAAGCUGGAGCGGGUGGUGCAGACGGCCGUGACCAAGCUCUUCCAGUCCCUCGCUCCUGUCAGCACCGCCAUCAAGGGCUGAGGGGGAGCAGGGGUUGGUGGGGGAAGGGCAAGGGAUAGGGAGAAGUAAGGGUGGAGGUGGCUUGUUGACACUGGGCAAGAGAGGAAUGGAAAAGAAUGGGAGGAAGGGAGGAGAUGAGAAGUUAGCAGUGAGGAUAAGUGAAAGGGGAAUGGUGUUAGGUGAUAGGGGCUUGAGGCAGGGGAAGGGGGUAGGGAGGAGAGUGGGAAAUAUUAAGAUCAUGAAGGGAGGAUUGACAAGGGAGCAGAGAAAGGCAUAGGUUGUGGUUGUCCCUCCCUUAUCCCUUAUACCUCUUGUGACAUUAGUUCUUCUCCCUCUCCCUUUCUCUCUGUCUCUCUCUGUGACUUGUUAACACUGGGUAAGAGAGGAAUGGAAGGGAAAGGGAGGAGAUCAGAACUUAGCAAUGGGGUUAAGUGAAAGAGGAGGCACAGUGUUGCAGGGGAAUGUUGUUAGGUGACAGGGGCUUGAGGCAGGGGAAGGGGGUAAGUAGGAGAGUGGGAAGUAUUAGGUCAUGAAGGGAGGAUCGACAGGGGAGCAGGGAAAGGCAAAGGUUGUUUUAGUUCCUCCUCUCCCUCUCCCUCUCUCUCUGCCUUAUAUGUAUGUCAAUAUUUUUACUGGUAUGAAUGUAUGAAUGAACUUGAAUUAGAAUAUAUAUAAGUUAAGGAGGAGUUUGAAAGGGUAUGAAUGGCCUCGAUUUAGAAGGUGUGUGUUUGUUAAGCCAGUGAAUUAUUGUAUAAGACUGUUAGUACAAAAAAUUAGAAAAAAAAUAUAAAAAUAUAAAACUAAAAAUUCUAA